CAGUGCUCAGUCAGCUGAGUGACUGUCACGGGAUUGCUACCAACUCCAGUUUCCUGGAGGAAAGCGAAAUAAAUGGACAGAGCCUUACAAGUCAGAGGUAGCCUUGGCGGGAGAGGUGCUGUUCUGGAAGGUCCCAGGCGACGGUGGGGUCAGAAGCUCAUCGCAGAGGACAUGGAGAAGGAACGGGAGGCACUGCAGGUCUGGAAGGAACGAGUGGGACAGGAGCUCAAUACUGUGGUCGCUUUCUGGCUGCAGCACUCCCAUGAUGAGGAACACGGGGGCUUCUUCACAUGUCUUGACCGCAAUGGGCAGGUCUAUGAUCACCUCAAAUAUGUCUGGCUACAGGGGAGGCAGGUAUGGAUGUAUUGUCGCUUGUACCGCCUUUUUGAGCGCUUCCGCUGUGCUGAGCUUCUGGAUGCAGCAAAAGCAGGUGGUGAGUUUUUGCUGCAUUAUGCCCGGGUGGCACCGCCUGGCAAGAAAUGUGCCUUUGUGUUGACUCGGGAUGGCCGUCCAGUGAAGGUGCAGCGGACCAUUUUCAGCGAGUGUUUUUACACCAUGGCCAUGAAUGAGCUUUGGAAAGUAACAGGGGAAACACGUUAUCAGAAUGAAGCUGUGGAGAUGAUGGACCAGAUCGUCCACUGGGUGCGGGUGGACCCCACUGGGCUAGGCCGGCCUCAGCUCUCGGGGACCCCAGCCACAGAGCCCAUGGCGGUGCCUAUGAUGCUGCUCAGCCUGGUGGAGCAGCUUGGGGAGGAAGAUGAGGCACUGACCAGCAAGUACGCAGAACUAGGGGACUGGUGUGCCCACAGGAUUCUGCAGCACGUCCAGAGGGAUGGAAAAGCUGUGUUAGAGAAUAUAUCAGAGGAUGGUAAAGAGCUCCCUGGUUGCCUUGGAAGACAUCAGAACCCAGGCCAUGCAAUAGAAGCUGGCUGGUUCCUGCUCCAGUAUGCCCACAGAAAAGGUGAUGCCAAACUUCAAAUGCACAUCAUUGACAAGUUUCUCUUGUUGCCUUUCCACUCUGGAUGGGAUCCUGAGCACGGAGGCCUCUUCUGCUUCCAGGAUGUUGAUGGUCUCUGCCCUACCCAGCUAGAAUGGGACAUGAAGUUGUGGUGGCCACACAGUGAAGCCAUGAUUGCCUUCCUCAUGGCUUUCAGUGACACUGGGGACCCUGCCUUGUUUCAAAUCUUCAACCAGGUUGCUGAGUACACCUUCAGCCAUUUCCAGCAAUGUGUGGCAGAGGCAAGAAGACUUCAGCUGGAUUCCAUGCCAACUUGAAUCACAUAGAAAGUUCCAGGGCAGUCAGGAAUACAAGGGUUAGAGGGAAGUCUGAGAGCCUGCUAUAAAAACCUCAGCAUGCGACGAACAGGAGUUAUGUGUCUCUGCUUGAUAAUCCGAAGGUUUUUUCGACCAAAGGCCUGUGAACUAGAGGACAUGAACUCCAGGGAAGUCACUUGUCUCAAACUUGCUGGCAGGAUUCUUUGUUUCUUUCUCUCCCUCUCUCUUUUAACUUAGAUGAGGUAAAAAUGUGCCUGUUUUUAAGUAUUCAAAGUGUUGGAUAACACUUUGACUCCAAUCAAACAUAGAGCGCCUGCAGCCCCUUACCCCACUGGGUUACACAAGCUGGGAAGUCCUACUGCCUACCAUCCUCAGCUUUCUUCUGAGAUCAUGCUUUCUGAACUCUGCUGGUAGCAGUGCAAAGGGGGCAGCAAGGGCCCCUUCCUCAGCCAGUGAUAUUCAGAUGGGCCCUUCCAGGCACUAGCUUUCAUUGUCUCCUUCCUUA